AUGACUCAUAUGUUCUGGAUAUGGCCACCACCACUGUGGCUAUCGGCAAGGUUGAAAUCGCGAAACGAAAAGGCCUCGAAGUACCGAAUCACAUGGGGAGUCGCUCAGGGAGGAACGGUCAGUCACAAUCCCGACGAAAUUCUCUAUGGAGGAGGAGGUUACAAAGGUUAUGGAAUGGGCUCCCUUGUGGAGAUAUUCUGCGGAAUUCUGGGUGGAGCUCACUGGGGGCCUAACAUCCGGAAGUGGAUGACAGCAGAAGAAGAUGCUGAUCUCGGUCAAUGUUUCAUCGCAAUUGACCCUGAGGCGUUUGCGCCCGGAUUCAAUGGAAGGAUGCAGGAGUUCAUGGACACUAUGAGGAACCUCCCCUCAGUUGAUCCAGCUCAUAAGGUGCUGAUUCCUGGUGAUCCAGAGAAAGCGCACGAAAAAGUUGUGGACGAACUCGGCGGAAUCCCGUACCAUCCAAAUCAGAUUGUCUACGCUGUGAGUGGACAUAUCUCCUGA